AAUCUGUCAACGUGGAACAAGUCAUGUCAGAUUGUAUCCAUUUCUGAAUACUGUUUACGAUUUCAGUUAUCACUCUAAUUCUCAUUAGAAUUGGAAAUUGUUGUGAUUAUUUAAGGAAUUCAUGAGGUUUAAGUCAUGGCUGCUAUGAUAAGUUCGUGGGGCCCCGAGAAGAAACACAGCGAUGUCGAAAGAUGGAUAUGCAUAUACCCAGCGUAUCUGAACAGUAAGAAGACAUUGGCGCAGGGCCGCAAGCUGCCCAAGGCCAACUGUGUGGAGAACCCCACUCACCAGGAGAUCAGAGAUGUUCUAGUGGCUGCAGGACUCAGGGUUGGGGUGGAGAACAAAUUGUAUCCCAGGGAACCUAGCAAGGAAUUACUAUACAGAGGUAGGAUAAGGGUUCAGUUAAAGAACGAUGAUGGAUCACCGGUCAAACCUGACUUACCUACUCGGGAUGCUGUUAUGAAGCACAUUGGAGACGCUAUCCCUAAGCUAAAGACUAGACAAAACAGACCCGCAGACCAACAGGCUACUCAGACCACCCAAGCAAGUCACAAAAGCAAGGGAAAGAAAGGACGCCGAUAGAUAUGUUUCUUUAUUACAAAAUUAUUUGUACAAAAUUACUUCUUUAUUUCUAAUAUACAGUUCUUAUUACCUAA